AUGGACGGAUCGUACCCAUUACAUAUGAUGAAGGAAAAGGAAGAUGAUGCAGACACUAAAAAUCGGAGAGGUGGCAGUGGUGGUAACUAUGCCCAGUUGAUGUCGUUUGGUUUGUCAAUUUUGCACAUUUAUUUUGUAACUCGUGGUUGUGAAGUUUCUAACCAAUCCAUUGACAUUGCAGUUUUACUCUGCUGGGUCACAGAAGAAUUUGAGCUAUAUGCAGCGUUUGACCCCCUUGCAGAAAGGGAUUCGGCAAUAAAGACGUGCAAUAGGGUUUGUCGUUGGGUGAAAGCUGUGGAAAAUGACAUUUUCUUGUUGGGAGCAAGUUCCUUUUCAUGGUGA